GUCUAGUGUCUCUCGUUGUUGUCGAUACAUAGUUUGUGACUGCCUAUCUAUCGUUCACUAUGCCACCAAAGACCAGCGGCAAGGCGGCCAAGAAGUCCGGCAAGGCGCAGAAGAACAUAUCCAAAUCGGACAAAAAGAAAAAGAAGCACAAGAGGAAGGAGAGCUACGCCAUUUACAUCUACAAGGUACUGAAGCAGGUGCAUCCCGACACCGGUAUCUCUUCGAAGGCGAUGUCAAUCAUGAACUCGUUCGUGAACGACAUCUUCGAGAGGAUCGCGGCGGAGGCGUCCCGUCUCGCACACUACAACAAGCGUUCGACGAUCACGUCCCGCGAGGUGCAGACCUCCGUGAGGCUCCUGCUGCCCGGCGAGCUCGCCAAGCACGCCGUCAGCGAGGGCACCAAGGCCGUCACCAAGUACACCAGCUCCAAGUGAGCGUCGCGGCGCGGUGGGACAACGGCGGCGGCGGCGUAGGACCAGCACCAUCGUCUCGGCGCCGGCGAUUUCUCUCUUAUAUUAUUAUACGUAAUGAAAGUAUAAUGAGAGCGAUUGACUAUGAUCAUCAUCAUCAUAAAAACGGCC